AUGAUGGUCGAAGUGUUUGCAGAGGUUUCUCCCCUCGUGCAUCAUGUUCCACCGCUCCAAGACAUUGUCACUAAGACGAUGCACGACUCCACACCUAAUGAUGUCUCCAUCUCCUCACAAUGUGUAGAUUCUGUGUCCCGAAAACUGCUCACAGAAAUGCCAGUUCUCUUGAGAGCACUAUCGCACAAGCGCAUGUACGCAACAUUUCCAUCGCCAUCUCAGAUUGCCUCAGAAAAGAUCGCUACAAUUACAAAAUAUCCCCAAAAGGACAUGAACGCAUUCACAGGCACAUCGUCCACCGAACUCAUCUUACCUGACGAGAGCUCAAAUGCUACGUUAAAAUAUCCAAUCCGCGUCGAUAUCGCAGUCAGAUAUCCCUGUCAUUACCGCGGAGAAGUGAUCGCUGCCAGUGUCCCACUACAGCCACUUGAGGAGACCACACCCACUCUCCUUCAGUACCUCACCAUCGACGGCGCGCAGAUACUCUUGCCGCGUAGCGAAGCAGUAGACCGGACACUCCUGUUGAAUCUGAUCGAUCUCAUCGUCGAUAAGCACUGCUCCGGUGAAGUCUUUGAGAUCGACACCCACGAGCUGUUGGAAGAUCCAUUAAAGUCAAUCAAGCUUCACGUCAUUUUCAAACUUUUUGGACUCGAUGGUCAAGCCGCCAGCCUGUUGCAGCAGCUAUGGCUGGAGUUCGAAACCCAUACUCUGACACUCAAAGACGUGUUCUGGAUUUACGGUGCACUCAUUUCUCCCGAAGGCGCCAAAUGGACGCCGGGGUUGACAAGAGUGUAUCUGCAGAUGAUAGGUUGGAACAUCUUGAAUGCUGAUGCGGAGGGUAGGCUGCAUGCAGACUUGUGCACCUUCUUUUUAAAAGAGGAGGGUCAUCCGUACCAUCUUACCCAUUUUCUCAAGGAGCACUGGGUUAAGUACCGAUUGGGUCGCGAGGAGUUGAUCACUAUAGGAGCUGCAUCUAGACCGCGUAGAGAUACCAUAAUCGAGUGCAUCGAGGCAGUUGUCUCGCCAUGUAGCUCACUAGCCUCUUCUCCUUCUUCUUCUUCUUCCUCUACAGGAUUUUUCGCUAGUGGACCUAUCUUCCCAGCUAGAUGGCUUUCUCCUCCACAGCUAAAGAAGCCACCGAAUCCUGUGAAGUGGGACAGAACAGAGUGGAACGAGAAGUGGGAUGGCAAAGCGAAGAACGUGCAGGAAAUGGCAUCAGAGCGCGAGGGACUUGUGUCAUUGCGGCGAAGCCAUGUGUUUCCUGACAAUGUGAACAAGAGUCCAGUGUAUUCGGAGUUUGGGUUUCCUGGCCGGUGUGACAACAGGAGAUCACGAAGGAAUUGGAAAGGCACUUGA